AUGAAGAUGUCAGUAACCCUUCGUCAACAUUUUUGGAAGACAAAGUUGUGUCCGCUUCAUAUGGAAAAUAGGUGCAAGGAAGGAAAUAAUUGUGACUAUGCUCAUUCUAUUGAAGAUUUGAGAUCUAUUCCAGAUUUGAAAAGAACCAAGUUAUGUUAUAAGUUGUUAAAAGGUGAAAAAUGUUUUAAUAAAAAAUGUAAUUAUGCUCAUAACCAAGAGGAAUUAAAAUCUGCGCAGAAUUUGUUUGCGUAUAAAUCUUCUAUGUGCAAAUUUGUAGCCAAUAAAACGUGUUUAAAUGGGUCAACAUGUCGUUUUGCCCAUACUAUUGAUGAAUUAAGAGUGCCAAGAAUCCCAGAAAUUUUGUUAGAAAAAAAUAAUUUAGAAGUUGAAGGAGAAAAUGACUCAAUAGCUUGCGUAAGUGGUAGAAAUAUUAUAAAUGAAUUAAAUAAUAAUGGAGAUUGCAUAAACAAAGAAAAUGCAGAAAGUGUUGGAAGCAUGCAUAGGAGUACUAAUGAGAGGACCGAUAGUAGUAUUAAUGAAAGCAAAGAAAACAUUACGCAAAAAUUUACGAAAAAUUUUGAUUUGAUUCUCAAUAACUUCCAAUCAAUGCAAAUUACACAAAAUGAACACAGGUAUAACAACACUAAUUAUUUGAAAAACUAUAGUACAAACAGUGGUUUUCAUCGGAACACAAAUAAUAGGGAAAAUAAUCAUAAAGAUGAAAAGAAAAGAAAGGACAAAAAUAGAAAUAAAGAAAAGCAAUUAAAAUCCAAAUUGAAAAAAUUUAAUUAUGUAAAAAAUUAUGAACAUAACCUCGCUAAUUAUGAUGCAGUUCCAAAUAGUUACGCUUCGUCUUCUAAUAAAAUGAAAAGUGUAGACGAGAGAUAUAAAUUUUAUGACAGCAACACGACGAUAUCAUCAAGUUUGAACUGCGCGAAGGUAGAGAAAAACGAACAAAUGAAUGAUCAAGCCUAUGUAGGUAAGACAUUUGAAAAAGUUGAUUUGAAUGAAUAUUAUGGAAAAACAGAGGAAUGUAUUAGAAGAUGUUCCAAAGAGAAAAGUGCAAAGGGGAAUGCAGAUGAGUGUGUAAAAGGAAGCGAAAAUCAAGAAAGAGAAGGAGAAGGAUGCGUAGAACUGAGCUAUAACAAGAAUCGUUGUAAUGAGAAUGGUGGUAACUACAAGCACGGGCAAGUUCGUACAAAUGAAUCUAACAAAAAUAAAAGUAAAAAAAGAAAUGAUACCAAGAAUUAUAAUGUGCAGAAAAAUGCCCCCACGUGCGAUAUAAUAAAUGGGAAAGCAGGAAAUGGAUAUAUGGCACAUGGCAAUACAGGAAAUUGCCAUAUGUCAAAUGACAAUGCAACAAGUGGUAACACAGAAAAUAGUAAUGUGCCAUACCCCACGAAUAACAAAUAUAUGAUGAAUGGCCAAGAAAACCAAAUAAAUUAUACUGACUACAAUUACAAUAAUUAUGUAAACCCCUUAAUAUACAACAAAGUGAUGCAAAUGAAAUUCAACGCAUUUAAUCCAUAUAUUAAUUAUAACCAAGUAAAUAAUAGUGCAUGCAAAUAUGAUGGUGCCAUCAUGUCUAAUCAUUAUCAGCAUUUUAUGAAACCGAAUGAAUAUUUCAUGUACGAUCAUCAAACGAAUAUACAACAUAUGACCCCAAAUUAUUAUGCUAAUUAUUUGUAUUUUUAUGCAAAUCCGUAUAACUAUGAUCAUUGUGCAAGGACAAAUAAAAUGAAAAAUGCAGAUAAUUCUGUUGGAGAAAAGUUCAUCUCUACUGGGAAUCAGAAACAGAGUGUUCCUAAAAAAGCUACUCACUUGAUGGAAUUUAACAAAAGCAAUGACAGGAAUGGAAAUGAAGAAAAUCAAGGUGAUAAAACUUUCGAUAAAGAACAUAACUAUUGGGGAACAUAUGAGGAGGAGCUAGAUACCUCUGAGGAAGUGUCAGAUGAGGAUGACGAGAGCUGUGAUGAAUUCGUAGGUGGUAGGGACAACGAUGGACCCGAAAUCAGCAGAGAAGAAAGGGUGAACGUUACAGAUGAGACAGAAAAUGGGAUAGAAAAUGGGGUAAAAAAUGGGAUAGAAAAUGAGGUAGAAAAUAAGGUAGAAAAUGAGGUAGAAAAUGGGACAGAAAAUGAGAUAGAAAAUGAGAAAGAAAAUGAGGCAGAAAAUGAGAUAGAAAAUGAGACAGGAAUUGAUCCAAAGAGUGAACAACUAGAAAAAUCUACCCAUCACACACAAAGUAGGGAUGGAAACACAAACACGGAUUUGACAAAGGCAGGAAAAAUAAAAAAGAAUAAGGAGCACAUAAAACAAUGUAGCGUAUCAGAAUUGAGAGGAAAAAAUGAGCACACGAAAGAAAAUAUGAACAUAUGCAUAAAAAAAAGUUAUCAUGGAAAUGCAAACAACAACAAUGCAGUGAUAGAAACAAGCGAACGGAAUAAAUUUCGAAAUGGUAAUUUAAAUGAUGAACGAGUGAAACAUACAAAGUCAAACAUGAAACAUAAGAAAAACAAAAUGUCCAAUUUUGUUCCCCUAAACAAUAAUGAGAACAAGAAUUAUAACAGAAACAUUUGUCUGAGCAAUGAGGAAACUGUGUAUAAUACAAAGAGAAAUGAUAACAAUAUCGAAAACAUAAAGCAGGGUACAGGUGGAACUUUUGGGAAUAGUACAAAUGCCAAGAGUACGAAAAAUGCACAAUUGCAAUUUAAUGCGCAUGCGAAUCCUUCUUCCGUGUAUAGCUAUAUACUGAAUGCAAGCAAUACAGAAAAUACAAAUUGUGAAAAAAGAUUUAUGAAGCCAUCAUCAACUCCUAUGGAUCUAUAUCUUAACAACCAAUAUCACAUGAAUCAACUAGCCAAUGAACACAUGAUGUACAACUUAAACAAUAGAAACUAUGGUUAUUAUUACUGCCCCUACGUCCCCUCGGAUGCCUAUAACGAUGAAGUUUAUUUGAACUAG